AUGGUAUCUCUCGAUUUUUUGGACGAUGUGCAGUGGAUGAACAAGCAGCAGCUCUAUUAUCUAGUCUUAAAUUUUGGAAAGAUUGUCUCCUCGGCACUAAUGCUCCGGAAGGGGUUAACGGUUAGAACUGGAAGUGAAAGUCCAGCUGUGGCGGUGCUCAGUGGCAGCAUGGAACGUGCAUUCCAUAGAGGAGAUUUUCUCUUUCUAGCAAAUCGAGUUGAAGAUCAUCCCGUAGGAGUGGAAGAAAUUGUUGUUUUUAGGAUAGAAGGAAGAGAGGUUCCUAUAGUUCACCGAGUCUUGAAGAUUCAUGAAAAGCAAAAUGGACGUAUGAAGUUUCUGACCAAAGGAGAUAACAGUGUGGUUGAUGACCGAGGCCUGUAUAAACAAGGACAACACUGGCUAGAGAAGAACGAUGUUGUGAGGAGAGCGAGGGGAUUUGUUCCUUACGUUGGGAUUUACUCUUUUUGCUGGUCCAUUGUGAGUAAGAAGACUGCCUUGCUGUUCCUGGAAGAUGCUGUACUUUUUGUUCCUGAAUGUUUGGAGUAG